CGCUGCUUUUUUGCCGCAAAAAAUGGAUAUAAAAGAAUGUUAUUCUGUAUUGCAAAUUUGGAACUACUGGAAUUCGAAUUGCAAUAUGGUCUAGUGGAAGGUAUUCGAUCAAUGCGUGAAAAACAGAAUGAUUAUUAUUUAGCAUUGGUUUGUUGUCGUGAGGGCUCGUUCCAUCAUCAUAUAUUAGACCAAUUUUCUCAAGAUGUUCAUUCGACUAAUGGUCUUAACGCUGAAGCCAUGAAAACUAUUUAUCGCGAUAUAUGCAGUAAUGUUAUUUGUGUGUCAUCGGAUCUAUCUGGACAAGGCAAAACUGAAUGGAUUAAACAAGUCAGUUUUGAAAAAAAGAAAUUGCUACGUAGCUUUUUAAUUAGUGAUGGUGCAGAUUUUGGAAGUCUGGUUCGCCAACUUAAAGAUUGUAAACUUCAACAAUUUGAAAGCUUACAUGUAAACAUUAUAUCAGCCGAUAAUUCCAAUGAAAUCAAUAUGUUCUUAUUUGAAUUAUUGACAUUAGGAUUUGUUUCUAGUAAUGUUGAUAUAGCAAGUCUUCCACAAACAACUGUAUUUAUUGAGAUUGCAUCAACUGUUCAACAGAAGCUUCUUAACUCACUUCCGAUAACUGGUUAUUUAGUAAAAGAACAUUUGUCAUGGGAUAUUCGCCGUCUUAAUGUAUCAUCCGAGUUAUGUAGCCCAAUUCAAAUUGUGUGUAAUUAUUUAGAUACAUAUGAUAGAAAUGAAAUUGAUACGAAAGAUGUUGUGUUUCAUGGACAAGAUGGCAUUAAAAAACCGUUACCAGAUAAAAG